CGCGCCUGAGCUGUGCGGGGCAUCAGUAGGAGGCCAGUGGAAGGAAGCUGCCAUAUACUGAGUCAGACCCUUGGUCCAUCUAGCUUUGCGUUGUCUACACAGACUGGCAGCAGCUUCUCCAAGGCUGCAGGCUGGAGUCUCUCCCAGCCGUCUCUUGGAGAUGCUGCCAGGAAAAGAACUUGGAACCUUCUGCAUGCAGAUGCUCUUCCCAGAGUGGCCCCAUCCCCUGAGAAGGGGAAGAUCUUACAGUGCUCACACAUGUCUCCCACUCAAAUGCAAACCAGGGUGGAGCCUGCUUAGCAAAAGGGACCAUUCUGGCUUGUUACCACAGGACAAAAGCCCAGCUGGGAGGGAGUCCUUCCCAAGCAACCACAGGCUAGGAUGGUAAUAGGGAUGGAACUGCAGGGCUUGGAGAACUGGAAUAGUGGAGAUGGGGUCUCUGCCUCUUUUUUUGGAGGGGAGGAAGGUGCUGUUUGAGAGGGGGAAACUCUUAGUAAGCACUGCAGUUAGCUGUGCUCUGUGUAGCAAUAUUGCAAAGCAGUUCCCAAAGUUCUUAACUUGUACACAGAGAAAUGACCAGCAGCACACUUUCUGCUCUUGUGAAAUGAUGGCCGAAUCAGCUGCAGUUGACAAGCCACCGUUAGCUGAACAGCUUCUUCCAAAGGUACCAGGCUGUGAUGGGGCAGAUGCUCAAUCCUUGCAGAAGCAGUUACCAAUCUGUAAAUUGGAACCUAUAUGCAUAGAGGAAGAGCAGAAGGAGAGCCCUACAGCAUUACCACCUGUCUACUCAAGCACACAUGGCAAGAACAAAGAGUCCCCUAGCAAAAGUGCAAUCUACAGCCUGGGUGCUAAUCAGUGUUUCCACUGCCUGAUCACCUUCCCGGACGAGAAAUUCAUGGUGAGACACAUGAAGAGGGAGCACCCAGAAGACUUUGUUCAGGCCAACCUGCGGGAUGCCCUUUUUGUUUGCUUCAUCUGCAGCAAGGCCUUUGAGAGCUCCCGUGCGCUCAUCUGCCACCAGCGGGGCCACGCACCAGCCCUCCCCACGGAUUGCUUGCGCCCUACCUUUGACUGUCCUGACUGUGGCCACCGCUUUGGCCAGUUGGCUAACUACCAGCGCCACCGCCUGGGCCAUGCAGCCGGCCACAGCUUGCCACAUCAGUGCCCAGACUGCGGCAAGAGCUUCAGGCAGCUUUCCAACUUGCGGCGGCAUCAGGCCUUCCACCGGCAGACCCAGGAGCUGCUGCCUUCCCGCCCCUAUUCCUGCAUGGAGUGCGGGGAGAGCUUUAACCAGGAGGCGGGGCUGCAUGAACACUACAUCCGCCAUGCCCGUGGGGAGCUCUAGCCAGAGCUGAGCCGAGCCUCAGCUCCUUAAAUCCCGGUGGAGGCAGGAAGGUGACAGGCAUUGCUAUGAGAUGCAAAGCUGAGGUGAGAUGAGGAAGAAGACUGAAGGGUCCUUUCUGGUUGGGGAAUGAGGGGAAAAGGCCCCAGGCUCUUUCUCAAGAUGCCAGAUUUGGUUUUGCUGCAGUCAGGAAGAACGGCUGUUUCUGGGGAAUGUGUCAAGGAGCAUUUUCCCUCCAUAGCACAAGGAUAAACUGGAGAGUGGCUGACAGAGGGGAUGUCCGUCUUGCACGUCUUACAAGAAGCUGACUUCUAUCUAGCUGUCAGACUCAUUGCCAGUUGAGGGUUGGGAACCCCCUUCCCCCACGGAUAGUUUGCUUGGUGGCUGCUGUGCUGCUUGUCUUGUGCAGCCAGGCUUAGGGUGUCUGUGUGGCCUGCAGAGAAUCUGCUCAUCCCCCUUUUCAGAAGGUGAAGAGGUUUUAUCCACUCGAGCACAGAGCAGACUAAGCCAGGGCUGUGUGUAUUCCCUUGUGUGCUGCCUAUACUGCAAGAAUAGGAGCAUCAGAAUUCAAAGUAAAUUAUCAGCUAAGAAACAGCGACUCCCAAGCAACCACUUCUAGUAUUAUAGUGGUAGAGAGAAGCAUGAAGCGGUGAGGUGGGUAAUGCUUGUGAUAUGCCAAGAGUCGGCAGGUAGUUGAACAGGACUCCAGUGGCUGAAGCGUUCAUGUUUCACUUGGCUCCUUGCCCCUCUUCAUGGUUAUCAAGUGGAAUAAUUUCUGCCAAAAACAAAACAAAGGGGAGGGGGAUGCUAUUUGCAUAUUUGGAAUGAAAUACAGUAUUUCAGUUGCAGAAUCUUCAUUCUCCUAGGAUUAGGAUAUUGGUGCCGAUUUUGGGUUUUUGAAGCAUGGGCUGUAUGCUGCCUUGUUCUGGGACAGGGAUUCUGAGCCAUCCUCUCUAAUUGCUGGACCGUGUCAUCUUCUCCUCCACCCAGUACCAAUUCCCUUCCACAGUGGUGAAUAAAGCUUCAAGCAUUUCCUGGAGACUGCAUUCUUGGCCAAAACCUUCCAGAGUCACAAAGACAAUACCAAUCUUAACCACUGCAUGACCAAUCAAUCAACCAACCAACCAAUCAAUGAUUGGUCAUGCAGUGGUUAAGAUUGGUAUCGCCUUUGUGACUCUGAAAGGUUUUCUUAUGUGCGUUAAAAAAGAUAUAAGAGAGGGGGAAAUGAAAGUUUUGAAAUCCAGUUUCCUGCUCUAGUACAGGGGGAGUUACAGUCUCUGCGGAGGAGCAAGAAUAGGGCUGGUUUCCAUGAGCUUCAUUGCGAAGCAGCAAUUUAAAAGAACUCAAGUAUCUCGCCUCUGAGGCCAAUACAUUAAACGCCUACAGCUGCCUUACAGCAGAUCAAUCUCCUGGGCCAUUUGUUGUCUGCUCCAACUGGCUCAAGUGGUUCUCAAGAGGAGGCCUUUGCUAGCUCCGAGAUCCCUUUUAAAUGGCGAUAUUAAGGACUGAAUGUGAGACCUUCUGCAUUGUGCUGUACCACUGAGCUGUGCCUCUUUCCCCACACUUAUGGCAUAAUGUUUCCAGAUUUUUGUUAGCUCAGGUAUGCCCUAAAUGCGUCCCUACAGCAACAAAUAAUAUUUAUAUACCGCUUUUCAACAAAAGGUUCCAAAGCGGUUUACAUAGAGAAAUAAUAAAUAAAUAAUUUGUCCCUAGUCUCUCUGAUGUUAGAUAUAUCAAUAUAAAUAAGGUACUUUAAUAGAAACCCUACACUUUUCCCUGCUGCUGCAAUUAAACGAGUUCAAAGCCAACAGCAGGAGACAUUUUUCUCUUUAGAGAGAGAGAUGGACACAUUGUGUGGGGUGGGUAAUAUUACCACUGUAUUUUUGAAGGGCUACACAAGCACGUUAUGGGCUCAGCACAAAACUCAGCCUCUGAGGCAAUGGAACAAAAUAAAACUUCAAAGAUAUAAUGGUGUGUGUGAGGGGGUGAACUGCUGGUCCUUGCUGGUGGCUACAUAGGCACUAGCCAGUAGGUGCCUGCAGUAUUCCCACAGCCAUAUUCUACACACUGCCCUCAGCUACAAUGGGUGUUUCGGCUACAGGAAGCUAUUUCCUUAGUGAGAGCAAGGAAAUGCAAUUCACUCACAGAAAGAUGCCAAACUUCUUACCAAUCCACAGACUAACCCCAGCUUGUCACAAGGCGCUGAUCUGGGAAGGAAUGUGCACACAGUCUGUUUGGGUUUAGCUUGUCCUUUCUUGCUGUAUCACAAAAGUUAUGAAAAGGUGGUAAUGAGCACUUAAAAUGAGGAAACAAUAAAAUGUUGACGUUUACCUGCACAA